GUCAUUAUUUUUACCUCGAUAUCUACAAACUAUAAAAACUUUUUACCUUUCCACAAUGUUUUCUGAUACCCACUAAACUUUGGUGAUUCCUCGAUGUAAGACACUGCGAUCAAAAUCUAUCGAAGAAAAAGUGAAAUCAUGGGAUUGAAACCUCUGGAAUUUUCGGAAGCUUUAUUGGACAGUCCGUACUUUCGCGAGAACAUCCAUGAACAUGAACGUGAAUUAGACAGGACCAAUGAUGCUAUUAAAUCGCUCAUAAGGGAAUGCAAAUCGCUGAUCAAGGCCCAAGAACAGUUGUCGAAAGCACAGAGAAAUUUUGCCAAUGUGUUGAAAGAGUUCAGGUUGGAAUGUAUUGGUGAAAUUGACACGGACGAUGAAAUGGAAAUUGCUAGAGCCUUUGAGACUUUCAGCCAGUUAUUUGAUCAAAUUGAUGAUGAAAGAAAGCGUGUGGUAGAAAAUGCAACAAGUCAGCUCAUCGAUCCAUUAGAAAGGUUUAGAAAAGAUCAAAUUGGUGAAGCUCGGGAAGAAAAAAGAAAAUUUGACCGGUCAACAGAGAAAUAUUGUAAUUGUUUACAAAAUUUCCUUGCAACUUCAUCCAAGAAAAGUAGUAUCACAAAUUUAGAGGAAUCAUUAAUCGCAGAAAGGGAUAAUUUUUAUGAAAUAGCUCUAAGUUAUGUGUUUAAAUUGCAAGAGGUCAAUGAGAAGAAAAAAUUCGAAUUUGUUGAAACACUUCUUGGUUUUGUAUAUGGUCAAAUGACGUUUUUUCACAGUGGCCAUGAAGUGUUUGAAGAUCAUAAAAAUACAUUGGUCGAUCUUCAAGUUCGACUACAAAAUACGAGGGAUAGGUUUGAAAUAACAAAAGUACAAGCAGCGUCGCUACAAGAGAGAACAAGAAAGAAAGCGCAAGCUGGCGAGCUUCAAAGCAGUAAGAUGUACGCCAGACAAGGAUACCUCAUGGUACAAAAGAAAGGAAAAGGUGGUUUGGGAUACACGUGGAAUAAGAAUUUCUGUAUGUACACAAAAGAAAACAAGAUCUUCACUAUGGUUCCUUAUGUUCAGACGCAGUCAAAAAUGAGUGGCUCUACGGACACGGUCGUACUGAAAAGCUGUGUGAGGAGAAUGACAGAAUCUAUUGACAAAAGAUUUUGCUUCGACAUAACGGCUCAGGAUAGACCGCAACCUAUAACACUUCAAGCGCAGAGCGAAGACGAUCGUAAACAAUGGCUUUGUGCCAUGGAUGGAAAAGAACCGAUCUACCUUGAUAGUAACGAAUUGGCGGCCAGUUCGAAUAAUGAGGACAAAGCCAGUUUCGAUGAUUUUCUUAUUGGCGUGAAGUUUCUUAAGAAAUGUGUUGCUGCAAUUGAAACCAGAGGUAUUAACGAGCAGGGGCUAUACAGAGUUGUUGGUGUUGGGUCAAAAGUUAAGAAAUUAUUGGACGUUUGUUUUGUUCACCAACAGAUUGAUGAAUUGGAACUUGACAGUGAUGAAUGUGAAUAUGAAGUCAAAACUAUUACAAGCGCUGUUAAACAUUUCCUCAGGAGUAUGACAGCGCCAUUAUUAACGUUCGAACACCACGAUUCUAUAUUAGAAGCUGCAAAAACAGAAAGUUACGACAAUAGAGUGGAAGCACUAAAAGCGCAGCUAGACAAAUUACCUUAUGACAAUUAUGAAAUGCUGGACAUUAUUACGGAACAUCUUAAAAAGGUAGCAGAAAACUCGAAAAGAAACCUUAUGCAAGCGAGUAAUCUUGGCGUUGUGUUUGGUCCAACGUUGAUGAGAUCCAGAGAAGAAACAAUGGCGGCCAUCAUGAAUUUAAAGUAUCAAACGAUAGUCGUCGAGUUGAUGAUCAACGAAUACGAUGCGCUGUUCGACUCGUCGAAUCCAUUCUCUUCGAGUGCCUCAGACGAAAAACCCAAACCUUCAAACGCCAAGAAGCCGGACAUUCCUGACAAGAAACCAGAGACGUCUGAGAAGAAACCAGAAUUACCCAACAAAAAGCCGGAGCUCCCCGGAAGGAAACCGGUUCUUGAUGAUAAGAAUGUGUACUCGGUACCACCGACUGUACCGCCUCCAAGGUCCUGUCCUGCGGCUAGGACACAGUUAAAGUCAUAUCCAGCACCGUUACCUCCCCAAAGUAGAGCUAAGAAUUUGUCGCUUACUAGGAAACAGAAGCAAUCGUCCAGCUCAGAUGAGAAUGUAGCGGCACAGUCAGAGUCAAAUGUGAUGUCGAAAUUAAAAGCAUUUGAAUCGACGGAUGGAAGAAAGAAUAAUGGUGGAAUUAGUACAGUUAGCUCACAGUAUGCGACAACGGGUCCCACUACGGCCACGACUGACACUCGUGCUCGACAGAAUAGUCCCCCACCUCUACCUACUAGUCCACCGCCCAGGGAUGUAUACCAGGCACCUCCUCCACGAACCAUGAGACGAGUACGUACAAAAUUUCCAUGCGUUGGGGAAAACACCACGGAAUUAUCAUUUGACGCCGAUGUCAUUAUUACGAAUGUUCGAGAUUCCAAAGAACCAGGAUGGUUAGAAGGAACACUAAAUGGAAAAACUGGACUAAUUCCAUCAAAUUAUGUGGAAUUCAUUUGAAGUUCCGUAAUUUUUAACCUUUUAUAUUGGUUUACCUCCGGGGUAAAUGAUUGAACGUAAUUAGUGUUGCAUCAUCGAAAAAAAGGCGAAAAAUAAGAAUACUUCGGAAUAUGUAAUAAAUUACCAGAGACCUACUAAACUGUACUGUACUGUAUAUUUAGUAUAGGUCAGUGUCAAGUAUACGUACAAUGUCAUGCAUACAGCUUUCAGCUUUACUUCUAGUAGAUCUUUAAUGAAACUUUUACCUUUUAAAAACGAUCUUCAAUGAAUAAGCUAGUCACAACAAAUAUUCAAACUGCGCAAGCUGCUAAAAUGAUACAAAUUUCGUUUGUUAAAGGGUUCAUGUUGCCGCAGAAUGCUCUCGGGAUGAUAUUAAAAGGCAUUAGUCCUCUUCACACCUUCUAAAAUCCGAAACCUGUUUUACAAACAAAAUUUAGGACUAUUUGAGAGCAUAUAUGAAACUGUGAGUGACCUUUCAGUCGAUCCAAUAAUUACCUACCAACACGUUAUGGAAUUAGCAUAUUCAUUUAGGUUUACAAAAAGGUUCAAAAACGUUCUCUAUAUACCUUGAACUCUGAGCUGCCAGUUAUGAUAGAUAGGUUAUUAACCGUUAUUGCUUAACUGGACUAGUAAACAUCCACUAUAUAUAUAGGUAGAAGAUUCACCAAAACAAUCUUGGGAAUUUCAUCAUCCCUUGAACGAUGAUGCAGCUGUAUACAAAAUGCUUUAAAGUCGCGUCACGAUUCAAUGAUGCAACACUAUAAUUGUAUAGAUUCAGAUUGAUUCUUAUGUAGCAACACUGCUAGUUGAUCAAAGAAAUAUAUAGAUAGAAAUAUGUUAUUAAUAUUAUGGUAAAAUCAAGUCUUGGUACGUAUACUUAAUAUUAUUUUGUUCAAGUGUGACAAGGACAUUAAUUAUGUGGGCCUUAUAUGUACUGAGUCUUCACUGAGUUUUAUAGGUAGAAUUGUUGUAAAAAAUAAGUAAGAAAAAAAAAUAAAAUUUUAAGU